UCCCUCCAUCCCCACAUAAAACCAGAUAAUAAAAAUGAAUUAUGUACUCACAUCGACAAUUUUCAAGUUGAAAAUGCAUCGAAGUGUGAACACUGUGUAAUAAAAAUUGUUCAGAAAGACAAACAGCAACACCUAUGAUCAUGGUAUUCAAAUUAUCACACGAAGCUGUGACUCUUUUAGCGGGGAUCACGGUGAUACUUUUCACAAGUUCAGAUUCGAGUACAUUUUCCGAAGAGUCGAGUGGACCGUUAAAUGAUAUUUACAUUUAUCCGAAUGAAGCUGGCGUAGAUUCAAAUGAUUUUCAAGAAAGUAUUGCAAUUGGAAACGCACCAAUAUCUCGUUCUGCUACUGAAAACAUCAGCAUUAAAUCUUCUUCAGAUGAUUCGACACUUCCAAAUAUCAAUCCACUCGAAGUGCAACAAAAUGAAGCCAAUGUGAGAUGCGAUCCUUUGCAAACUUCUGCCAACAUGAAAUUAUUACCAGAUAUUUUAUCAGUCGAUAUAUUUUCGGAACCCGAUUUACUCCAACAUCUCUACACCAAAAUAAUGAGAAUAGGCUUAACAAGAAACAAUAUUCAAUACAUUAAAGAAGAAGUGAAUUAUGCUUUGGAAAGAAAAUUACUCUCUUCGUGCUACAUUCCGUAUGCUAAUUUACUAUCAUCAUUUUCACUAUGUUGGUACCAUCUCUUGAAUGCAAACGUAUUUCUAAAAGUUAUUCAAACCCGACGCUCACAGAAUGUGGAGGGUUUCAAAGCUUUACCGCAAGAAAUUUCUUCAUCGGCUGAAAUGAGAGAUCUGCUUUCUUCCGAUAUUAUAUCCGACCCAGAGUCUCCCUUGCGUUUCUUCAAUAAACUAUUAUCCAUGUCUAAUGACCAGAUUACAAAUUUAAAGAUGCAAUUGAAAAAUUUAGUAGGAGAAUGGUGGGGGUUAGAUGCGAGAGAUCUGCCAUUUUCUUAUUGGUACAUUUGGUUUAUUCGCGAUGUAUUUACAUUAUUGAGUGACGAAUCUGCUUUUGAUAGUCUAAAACGCAACGUAGCUGAAAUGAACAUAAUGGGGUCUGAUAAGGGCCCAAUUACGGUUUAACACAUUAUUCACCAAUAAGCUGUUUAUGAGAGGAAUUUAGAAAUAGAAAUCAUUCUGAAUUCCUAAGUAGAUUAUAAGGUGGAUCGCCUGAAAAACAGUAGCGGAUUUUGACCAAAUUCAGUGGAGACCUUCAUUUUGAGUUGAAAGUUACUCAGAAAAAAUUUUAGCUCUGGAAGGAAGAAAUAAACCCUCAAAGAGAGGAAGUAACUUUCCACACAAAAUGAAGAUUUCUGCUGAAUAUGGUCGAAAUCCGCCGAUUUUUUUUUUCGUGAUCCACCAUAAAGUAAAUACUGGAUGUUUUUGUCAAGUACAUAUAUGCAAAAUGUUCUAAGUUACUCGUACAAUGUAUCUAAUAUUUUUUCAAUAAAAGAUUUUAAAAUUGGA